CCAGCAACUAGAGAAAAUAGUCAACUCCCAACACAUAAUGUCACUUAUGAUGGAAUUUAUCUCCUAUUCCUGUCUCUAGGCCCUCUGCCCAUACUCUACUAACUUCCUUUUUCCUGCCCCUUGCUUUCUCUUGUCAAAGAAAAAAAUUGCACCAGAUAACGUUAAAACAGGCACCCCUAAGGUAGUGAUGACUCUACAGAGGACCGGUUCAUUGUUUCUGCUCUUGCUGCUGACCCUGCUGGGGCUGGGGCUGGUGCAGCCCUCCUAUGGCCGAGAGAGCAAGUACCAACGAUUCCUGAGGCAACACAUGGAUCCUGAGGGCUCGGGUGGCAAUGAUGGCUACUGCAACUUGCUGAUGCAAAGACGGAAGAUGACUACGAGCUGGUGCAAGCCCUUCAACACCUUCAUCCAUGAAGACAUCUGGAACAUCCGUAGUAUCUGCAGCACCACCAAUAUCCAGUGCAAGAAUGGCAGUAUGAACUGCCACGAGGGUGUAGUGAAGGUCACAGACUGCAAGGAGACAGGAAGUUCCAGGGCCCCUAACUGCAGAUAUCGGGCCAAGACCAGCACUAGGCGGGUUGUCAUUGCCUGUGAGGGUAAUCCAGAGGUACCUGUGCACUUUGACAAAUAGAUGCCACCCUGAAGUGGUUAGGACACAGCAUUUCGUCUUCAAAUUACUCCUUGAAUAGCAGUGAGUAAUGUAUUUGUGCUGUCCCAGGCUCUGCCUCCUCUGCUUACUUCUCACUCUUUUUCUCUAUAUAA